AAAAGAAAGCUGGUUUAAGCAGUGGAGUUUGUAAUUCAUUCUUAGAUGCUAUUGCCCAAAACAAAACCUGAACUGAAGUGGAUACCUACAGUAAUAUGAUUGGGCAGCAACUAUUUUUAUUACCUAGUGGUAUACAAACAACAUCUUAAGUUGCUCUGUUUGCAGAGGCUCAAAGCUGCAACUGCAUUAUUCAUUUGGGAUGCAGUGUGUAUAUUGCCUUACCUAACUGUAACCUAACCUGUACCUACCUACCUAACCUAAUUGAAUACCUGUAACAGCAGGUUAGUCCACCUCCAAUGGCAGUAACAGCUGCAACACAUUGUGGCAUUAAUUCAACCAGAUGUUCACUGCAAUCUGGGACUACUCAGCAAGCACUAGUAGAGGCAGCUCUGCUUAAGAUAUGGCUAGCAGGGAAUUGUGUCAGAUCCAGUGUUCCAUAAAAAUCCCACAUACAGUCUAGGGGCCAUAAACAUGAAGUCAAAGUUGUGUGAAAUGACAUUAGCCAGGUAUGCUAUAACCUUCAGAGAUACACCAGAGACACAUCAACAAUUUCUUACUUCUUAAGAGGACAGUUACCUCAGCCGUCCUUCCCCAAAAUACAGCACCCUGAGAAAAAGACCAGGUAUGAUUAUACCUUACAGUGCUCAUGAAUUAUGGAGUGUAUCACAUGCUGGGCAAUUUCCACUGCUUAGUACAGAAUGAAUCACUCCUGUGGAACAUGCCUUACUCUAAUGGUUUGGCUAUGCAUAUGCAUAAAAUACAAACUAUGUGAAUCAGACCUUUGUGUUUAAAGCAGAAGAGUUAUAGAGUCUGGUUUGCCAGAGACUAAAUGUUCUCCUCUCAUUUCUAACCUGUUUUAGAUCUACAGUAGGAGGUUCUGUCUUGACAGCGCAUUUGCCCAGCAGUAAGCUUUGAGAGUCGCCUUGGCUUCAGGUUUCAUCUUUGCGCUGCAUGAAAGGACUUUCAGCAUCAACCCCAUUCCUAUGUUAAUGAAAACGUGACGCACCAAUUCUCCCUAGAAGUAUAUUGAGCAUUGCUUAAUUGAAGGUGUGUGUGCGGUCUCCAUCUCUAGAAAUGUAAAUGCUCUGACCACUAAAAGCAAAAGUUAUAACAUAAGCAGACAUGUUACAAAGAACCCAACAUUUCCUAGUCAUUAGAUACCUUUAAAGAAGAGUAUAACGACAUCUGCAUAAACUGUACAUAUGUUGAUAUGCAACCCUUGGCUUGAUUCACUUCCUGUAGAAUGGAGCCUGUGAACCACACGUAGUUCUGGCACAGAUCUCCACUGUUUCUCAGCAGUACACCCCUGAUGGCUGGCUGGAAGCCUAACCUUGGCUUUAUUCUAUAAAGGAACUUUCCCCAUCAUUCCCCCUAGGAAGACAAAGUUGUGUUCAAAACAGCUUUAUUGCUCCAUAGAAGAUCUCAGUCUCAGGAAGAGUCUGGCCAGUAAACAUGAGUUUCUGGUUGAGCUGUGACUAGUGAUUUAAGGUGCUUUUUUUCCAUCAGUGCUUUUUUAUUAGUUAUGUGGGACCAUGCUAGCUAUAGCAUUUAGGCUGAAGAAUAGAAGCUAAUAUUAUGUUCCACUACAAUCUUGAAGGCUUUUCUGUUGAGGUUGAAACAUUUGCAUAGGAAUUGCUUUGCUCUUUAAAUUACAUUAAUCGCCGAGCCUUCUCAACCACAUUGCGAAUCAGUUUUUAAAAGAGAGCUCCAGACAUUCCUGAGGUCAGAUCUGAAUUUCAUCAUAAAUUAUUCCUGAAGAAUCAAGUGAAAGCAAACUACUUUAAACAGCUCAUGUUUGCUUUGGAUGAGAGUGGUGUAACACAACAGGUGAUGUUUAGGUGCAAAAUAAAUUAUAUUCCUUAAGCAGUUACUUAAAUAUGUAAAGUAAUUGAGAGCAUUGCUCUAAUUAAAGUAUAUGUAAUUUGGGUUUAAUAGUACAUUUGUUUUCGCAGUUCUGUGAAUUCAAGAAAAAACAGUUUGCUAUGGAAAGCAGUCUUGUAAAGAGUACACAUACGGCAAUGAAAUCUGAACAGAAAAGGCAUGUAGGAAUCAGCAACAUAACCUGAGGUGGAAAACAAAAACAGAGAUGUUUCCCUGGUGGAAAAUAAAUAAGGAGUUUUGUUGACUUCCAGGCAUUGUGUAGCUGUUAAAAAGAUCCUCAAGAUUCUCUGACUACAGUAAAUCACAUGGUCAUGAUGAAGGUGUUCAGUGCAGUGGGGGCACAUUAUCAAUACCCUGCUCAUAUAUUAACUACAAAAGGAUACUGUGAAAUACAGUAGAACAACAUCUCUUCAGAACUGGAGAACGUUGGCAAUAAUGACACCAAACAAAAUUGAAUCCCUUUAGCCUUGUUAAGCAAAGACAUCAGAGUGAAUCUGAAAAUCCAUGUAAAUGCCAAUCUAAAUUAUUCUUGCAGAUAACCUGAGACAAGCUCAUCCCGUUCAGCAAAGGGUUGCUAUCGGAAAUGUUGCAUUUUGGACACUGUGUGAAUGAGCUGGGCAGGUGUUGGAAGGCCAGUUCUUGCUCUUUGUUUCUCUUAUGUUCUGUUGUAGAAAGGAUUCCUCACUCCAGGUUAUAUCUGCCCACAAUAAUAAUAAAACAAAUAACAUCCUGGGCUAUAUGAGGAUUUUUCUGCUGAAUCAUCAUUUCUCUCUAUCUUAACAAUUAAAAGUAAUGGAGAGUGCCAUCACCCUGUGGCAGUUCCUGCUUCAGCUGCUGUUGGACCAGAAUCACAAGCACUUGAUCUGCUGGACGUCCAACGACGGGGAGUUCAAGCUGCUGAAGUCUGAAGAGGUUGCCAAGCUGUGGGGGCUUCGCAAAAACAAGACAAACAUGAACUACGACAAGCUCAGCAGGGCUCUCCGAUACUAUUAUGACAAGAACAUCAUCAAGAAGGUGAUCGGGCAGAAGUUUGUGUACAAGUUUGUGUCGUUCCCGGAGAUCCUGAAGAUGGACCCGCAGGCGGUGGAGCUGGGGAGGGAGGGCGUGGCCCUGCAGGAUGUGGACUCCCUCGGCCUGGAGGCCAAAGAGCAGCUCAAGCUUCCUCUGGCCACCCUCAGGACCGCCGGCCGCAACGACUACAUCCACUCGGGCCUGUACUCCUCCUUCACCGUCAGCUCGCUGCAGAACCAGCCUGAGCUCUUCAAAGCCAUCAAGGUGGAGAAGCAGGACGAGCUGGGGGAGGGCAAGCUGGGCCCCGAAGAAGUGCGGACGGUGAUCCGCUUUGUCACGAACAAAACGCCGAAGGCCGGGGCUCUGCCACUGGUGUCCGUGCCGUCCUCGCCUCCCGUGUCCUCGGCUGAGGCCGCCGCCUCCUCCAGCCCUUUCUUCCCUUCCUCCUCCUCCCUCUCCAAAGCCUCCCCCACUUUGAUGUCGGCCCUUGCCUCCAACCUCUCCUCCUCGCGCUCCCCCUCCCCGUCCCCUAGUCCUUCCUUCCUGCUGGGAAACCAGAGCCCCGAUCCGGAGACAGAUGACUCGGAUCUGUGUUCCCAGCCCCUCAACCUGUCGGCCAGCCGCAAGGCCAGAUCCCCGCACCUGUCUGAGAAGAGGAACAGCAGCGCCCUUCCUCCCAAAGCCAAGAAGCCCAAAGGCCUGGAGAUCUCGUCCCCCUCGUUGUUACUCUCGGGCACCGACAUUGGCUCCAUUGCCCUCAACAGCCCAGCACUUCCCUCGGGGUCUCUGACACCGGCCUUUUUCACUGCACAGACUCCUACGGGACUGUUGUUAACACCCAGUCCUUUACUGUCCAGCAUUCACUUCUGGAGUAGCUUAAGUCCAGUUGCUCCUUUGAGUCCCGCCAGGCUGCAGGGACCCAAUUGCUUAUUUCAGUUCCCCACUUUGCUAAAUGGCCACAUACCAGUGCCACUUCCAAACUUGGACGGAUCCUCCUCGCCAUUGCUGCUGUCUCCAAGUGGCCAGAAAUCCUGAUUUUUGGCCUGAACAGAAUGCAUUUCCUUAUUUUUAUAUGUGAAACCCAAGUCAGCUUUAGGUUUUGCACAUUGACAAUGUACAAAUGCUAAACCUUUUUUGUAAACUUUUAAAAAAACAUUGUUAAUCAUAAGAUGCCCUUACUGUUCAAGGUGUUAAACACUUUGGGCCAGUUUCCUCUUGUAGGUUUGUUAAGGUUUCCAUUGGAGGCUGUGAAUCUGUUUCUUGUUUUUUUUUUUUAAUUGUAUGCACUGUGCUUAAAUGUUAUUACCGGCUGUGCCUUCCCAUGCAUAAUGUUAAAUGUACUAUGUAAAUGUAUUAUUUUCCAGCUUUAAAAAACUUUUUAAAAGACGAAAUUCCAAUACAUUAUAAAACAAAGCUUUGUAAUAGCUUUCAAUAUUUUUCAUAAAGGAAUUGAUACAAAUGUAUUCUCAUAUUAAUUUUAUAUUUGUGCUUUUUAAGAGUCUAGAAAAUAUGCCUUAUGUUGUUUAAAUAAAGACCGAGCAUUGAAUGCUAUAGACUGUAGUAUACUCUUAUUUCUUAAUUAAAAGGCAACUACAAGGCUAUUUUUAUAUUCCAGGGUGAGAAAGAAUCAGCAAUGCUGAGUGCAUUUCAAACCACAAUAAAAGUAAAAUGUUCGCAGUAACUUUUAAAACCUCCCAUUUACAUCCCAGAAUAAAUGAAAUUUCCAGGUAUGCGCAGCACCGUAGUCUGCGAUUCAUUGUGAGGCAAUAAGGUAUAGUGAGAUGAAGCAGCCCCAUUACAUUGUAAACAAGUAGGCUUGCCAACAAAUAUCUAUGAAUCCAAUAGAAAUAUUGCUCUUGACUUCAAGACAUUUUUGUCGAUAAAUGAAAUUUACUUGUGAUCUGCACACAGAGCUAAUGUUGGAAUCCAUUCUGCAGUGAAAUAUCUGCUGCGCAACCUGUACUUAUUCCACUUGUAAUCACAUUACAAUGGUCAUUACAGGGACUAGUGAGCAGGAAGGGCUGCUUUACAUCGCCAUUCUUGCGAACUCUUGCUCUCACCCAUGGUGAGACCAAGGGUUUGCUACAGCAUGGCAACGUACAGUACUUUCACAAAGGUCACAUUUUGUGCUUAAUUUGAAAUUUGUAAAUAAAAAAUCCCAUCUC